AUGACUUGGGAUGAGUUGUAUUUACUUGCUGAGGAAACUCUAGAUUGGCCAAAAGACAAGACAAAAUUGGAGUUUGCCUAUGCUGCUAAAGAGGUGAAGUUUGUGGAUUCUAGCACAAAGAAGUUGAAGAAAAUCAAGUUCACCGCUUUGAAAAAGUAUUUUGGAGACACAAAAGAGAAAAUUUCAAAGGGAGAGAUGGUCAUGGACGAGGUCACAGCUAGGCGCACAGCUACCGCGUAUUUGUUGUAUACUUUAGGAAGUGUUAUAUUUCCUGAUAACAGUGGGAACAAGGUUAAUGCUCAAUACCUUCAAUUAUUAAGGGAUUUGAAAAGCUUCCACAAGUACUCUUGGGGAACUGCUGCCCUUUCUUUCAUAUCCGAGAAACUUGGAACUGCCUCUAGGUUAACAAGUACAAAUAUUGGACGUUAUUUCACCAUGCUUCAGGUAUGGAUAUAUGACCAUUUCUUGGAAUUGAAAUUUUCCAAGGAAGAUGACAAGUGGGUAGAUACAUUCCCUACCUCGGGAAAAUGGAUUUUCAAGGAAAAUAAGAAGAGGAAUAAAAAAGAAAUCUUGAUAGAUUUGAGAGAAAAGUUAGACUAUUUGACUGUUGAACAGGUUGUAUUUCAACCAUACAAAAAGGAUGAAGAAGAUGAUGAUGUUGUUGAGGAUGAAGAUAUGCCAUUUGGGAUGUACUACGGGCCGUUGUUUUAUCUCGAAGGAUUUAUAGCGCUUGAUCCCUGUCGAGUAGUCCGUCAAUAUGGAUUUAUCCAAACGAUUCUGGUGCUAGAGGAAUCAAAGUUCAAGUUGUUUCCCAAGGGUUCUAAUGGAACUAAGAGUACGAAAAGUUCAUGA